GUCUGAUCCUUCAGGCUUUGUUGAGGCCGGGAAGCCAUUUUGGGAUUCUGCAGUGUGGAAUAGAAAUAAUGUGCUGUCAACUCUCAAACUUCUUUUGAAUUACUGGGCAGAAGAUUGCUCAAUCUUGGAACACAAUGCUGAACUAAAGAAUUAUUCCUUCCUUCUGCGUGGGAUGAAUGAUGCUGAAUUUUGAAAUGAUCCAGCACUAUUUGCAAUAUUCUGAGGUACAGGCUGAACCAAGCAAGGGCUCUUCUUUUUCUGUCUUCGAAACUGUUUCAGAGAUGUAUUUUCAACUUUUUGCAGUAUGAUUUGAAACAGUGACCAUGGAUUUUUCACGUCUUCACACGUAUACCCCUCCCCAAUGCGUGCCAGAGAACACUGGCUAUACUUAUGCACUCAGUUCAAGUUACUCAUCAACUGCUCUGGAUUUUGAGACUGAACACAAAUUGGACCCUGUGUUUGACUCCCCAAGAAUGUCGAGGCGCAGCUUACGUUUGUCUGCUACAGCUCAUAGUGCAGCUGAGGAUACUCACAAUGAGAGUAUCUUUGGGGCCAGCAGCUCCUACGCUGGGAAGAAGGCUUUUGCAGAUCAUUCGUCUAAAAUUACAAAGCAACGUAAAAGUGUGAUGAAACAGUCCGGUUCUGUAAGACAUACCCCAAGAAAAAAUGUGCCCAGCUCUUCCAUUUUUAGCCACAGUAGUUUCAGUAGCCGCACAAGUGAUGGAUCCUUUGUGUCAAACAUGUUGGAUGAGUCUUCAAUUCAGGAGCAGACAGCUGUUGACCACUUCUGGGGUCUCGAUGAUGACGGUGAUCUCAAAGGUAGAGAUACUACGGUGAUUCAGGCCAACGGGGAGAUAGCAACAGCUGAGAACCAGACUGCACUGAGCAAUGGGUAUACCUGCAAUGACUGCAGUAUGCUUUCCGAGCGGAAGGAAGUUCUCACAGCGUACUCAGCUCAUCGCAUGCCGUCCUCAAGAGUCUACUCCAGGGAUCGAAGCCAAAAACACAAGUCCGGGGGCCUCCCUUUCUACACAAAUAAGAUUCUGCGAGCGGCCAAGUAUACCGCAACAUCUUUCACAUCACUCAUAGUGCAGCUAUUUCAAAUGAUCUUGCUGAAGCUGGGCUAUGAUUGUAAAGCUCACUCUAAUUACUGUGGAAGCAUGAAUGUAAAAGAAUUUCUCAGGGAAGAUGGCCACCUGGGCAUGAAUGGGGAGUCCUUGUGUGAUGACUGUAAGGGGAAGAAACACCUUGAAACAUACACAACAGCCCACAUGCAAUCCUCAAGGUCUAAAAGGGUAGCAAGGACCAUUUGGCACAUCUUUUCUUACGCAGGUUACUUCUUGCUGCAUAUGUUGCAAAGAAUGGGAACGGCAGGAUGGUUUGUGUCCAGGAAGGUUGUGUCACUCCUUUGGCUGGCUGUUGUAUCUCCAGGGAAGGCAGCUGCAGGAGUAUUCUGGUGGCUUGGCACUGGAUGGUAUCAACUGGUUACCCUGAUUUCUUUGCUGAAUGUCUUUCUUCUUACAAGAUGCCUUCCAAAGAUGUUCAGGUUGUUGUUGUUCCUCCUCCCACUAUUGCUGUUGCUAGGUUUAUGGCACUGGGGUCCUGAAGGUUUCCUUUCGUUAUUGCCUGCUUUGAAUUGGACAAGCUUACAUAGAAUGCACAUGUGGGAAGACUCUGCAGAGAUCAUUGAGCCUCAACCUGAUUCAUCUUCUGCUCUUAGGCAUCCAGAUGAAACCACGACGUUCUUUGAUGCAGGUCGUAUGCGUGAGCUGGAAAAGCAAAUGGCCUCCAUGACUGAGAGAUGGCAUCACCAGGAUGAAGAAUACACUAAAAUGCUACUUCUGUUGCAAAACUUUCAAGAUCAAGUUACCCAGAUGAAUGACAAAAGUGAAAUGUUGGUACUCAUAAAAAAUGUAGUAGGCCAACAUCUUAAAGAGAUGAAAGCAGAUGAAACGGCACGGCCAGCGCAUGACUAUUUGGCCUUGCAUCAGGAUCAUGAAUGGCGCAUUGUGGCUUUAGAAGACCUCCUUGCAAAACUCUCCGAAAAAUCUGAGGGCAUCCAAAAGGAACUUGAGCAAAAAGCAAAAAUAGUGAGUGACACCGAUGAACAAAACCAGCAUCUCUUAUCCAAAAUUAAGCAUCUAGAACUUGAAUUGGCUCAUAUGAAAUCGGAGCUGCUAAAUUCACAGGGAUUGAAAACUUGCUGUGACACAAUGGGCACCCUUAAUGAAAAGGUAGACGCUCAGGUUAAAGAAUCAGUCAGGUUCAUGCUUUUCGGUAACCAACCAGGAGACUUGCCAGAAUCGCUGCUUCAGUGGCUAACGUCCAAAUUUGUGAGCAAGAGUGACUUGCAGGUUUUGUUGCGAGAUUUGGAAUUGAACAUCCUCAAGAAUAUAACUCUCCACAUGUCUGUCACAAAUUCAAAGUCUGCUUCGGAGGUAGUAACAAGUGUGGUGAACGAGGCUGGGAUUGCAGGCAUCACGGAAGCGCAAGCACGCCUUAUUGUCAAUAACGCACUGAAGCUUUAUUCUCAAGACAAGACUGGCAUGGUAGACUUCGCUUUGGAAUCUGGAGGUGGCAGCAUAUUGAGUACUCGCUGUUCAGAGACGUAUGAAACCAAAACAGCACUAAUAAGUCUCUUUGGAAUUCCUUUGUGGUACUUCUCUCAAUCUCCUCGGGUCGUGAUCCAGCCUGACAUGUAUCCUGGAAAUUGCUGGGCUUUCAAAGGAUCACAGGGAUACCUUGUUGUCAGGCUUUCCAUGAUGAUCUACCCUGCAGCUUUCACCCUGGAACACAUACCAAAAACGCUUUCGCCAACAGGCAAUAUUACCAGCGCUCCGAAGGAUUUUUCAGUAUAUGGUCUUGAAAAUGAGUAUCAGGAAGAGGGUGUGCUUCUGGGCCAAUAUACAUAUGAUCAAGAUGGAGAGUCACUACAGAAGUUCCAAGUAAUGGAGACAACUGAAAAAGCAUUCCAGAUAGUGGAGCUAAGAAUAUUUUCCAAUUGGGGCCAUACAGAGUACACAUGCCUCUAUCGGUUCAGAGUGCACGGGAGACCUGCUGAAUGAAAACUAUGUAUGCUUUCCUACUUCUUGUUGUACAUUUUUUCUGUCUAUAUGUGUAUAUAUCUAUCUAUAUAUAUAUAUAUAAAGGGAAAGCCUGGAACACUGGAAUCCUUAAAAAGAUGAGGAUGUGUAAUGUGCAGCAGGUUCUAUAUUCCUCCUCAGCGAUGUGUAGAAGACUGCCAACAGCAUUGUAUACCAAAUCCAAUGGUUAUUUGCUCGGAUGCUCAGUUUGUAACUGCCAGACAGCUUGAUAUUUUUAAUGUGUUCAUUUCUGAGAAAAAUAUUGCAUGCCAACUGCUCUCAUUUGCAAAACCCAGUUAAUACCUAUUUUAUUACUUCAGAAUAUAAAGCUUUUAAAACUCUUUUUUUUUUUUUUUUUGGCAGCUAGGAAUCUGUUUUUAAUAUUGGGGCCCACUUCCAAACCUCUACAUAAUUUUUUAAAAUGGCCAUGGAUGCAAUCUGUAUCAUACACUGGUUACGCAGUUUCCAAUCAUUUUCAUGGGGUUUCUUGAACAUCCAGCAAAAAGUCUUCUUGCAGUGAUGGGAGACUGUGUGGUCCCAGAGGUUGGUGCAUUUCCUCUAUAGACACAUUUUGGGCACAACUUCCCAGUCCUGAAAGCCACUUCAUGUGCUUCAUAAAUUCUCAGCAAGAUUUUAUACCAUAUACUUUUGAGGAGUAAGUGUGCCUGAAGCAUGCUUUAUUCAUCUCCUGGAUUUAGAACGUCUUUUGCUUUAAUAUUAUAUAUAGCAAGAAAAGAAUGGAGCCAAAAGCCAUUCAGAAACCAGACUGGUAACAAGACUAAGAAUCAAACAGAAAAACAAGUAUCAAUAACAACUGCUUUAAAAAGAAAAGUCUUAAAAUUUUGACUUUUUUAUCUUCUUCUUUUGAACAAGUUGUUGGUCAUAGUAGCUAGUAGCAAUUGAAUGAGUUAGAAUGUUGCCUUGUAUGUUAAGAGUGAAUUUGGCCAAGUGUUUCAACAUAAGGUCAGGCAGAGAAGUAUAACUUGAAUGAAGGAGGAAGAGGUCACAUUUAGAAGAAAUGGCUGAGAUGGGAUUGAAUUAGAAGGGCUCACAAGAUUAGGUGUUGUGCAAUGAGAGAUAAUGAAAAAGAAAUGUAGACAUGGAACCGGAUUUAGAUGAUGCUAGAAAUGCUAAACCUUAAAGUAAUCUGCAAACAUAGUUCAUGGCUUCAGCAUAUUCACACAUUCUGUUUUGUGUAGUUUACCUUCCCAAAGCCUCACUGGGUUGCUGCUAGUCUCUGGAAAGCCAGAGGAAGCUUCACUAGAUUGAUUGUGUGAAAAAAUCCUCAGAGUCAUGAUUUUCACAUCAGUUCUCCCAAAAUCCCCAUCUGUAUUUUUUUUAAAAAAACUCACACAAUAACAACUUCAGGUCUGCAGCUGAAGUUUUACAAGAACUCUUGUGGAGUGUGGAAUUUUCCUUAAACUAACUCAUCAUACAGCUCAGCAUCCUUUUAAAAUUAAUUUGCAAAUCUCAUUAGAAAUCUGUUUAGGAAAAAGAUCUCUUAAACUGGUGGUGUGCAGAAAUUUUACCUUAUGGUCCUGCUUUUUUGGAGGAUCAAGUUAUAAUAAUAUUUUUUUGUAUUCUUUUUGGAAAGACAAGUUGCUGCUGCCUGGUUCUCUGAAUGGAGUUAAUGUAUGUUGCCCAGGAGUCCAUAAAUAUUUAUAAAAAAGAGUUUUAUUUCCAGAAGACCAUUUGUUUGCCUAAGUUCAGCGAGAAAUCAAAACAAUGGCCAAUUGAAGAGCUUGCUAAAACCUGUACAGGUGUUUAAUAAACUCUACAUUUAAAUAUAUAAAUCAGAAUUAUCCUGUAUAAACCCAAAUUUGGGGAGCUGAGGGAGUGGGGAAAUUUUGCAUAACACUAACUUAUUUUUAAAGAAGCGAGAUAGGACUUUGUGCAAUGUAUUUUUGUAAAUGCUUUUUCAAAAUAUUUGUCUCUGGUAUCCUUUGCUGCCUCCAAACUGACAAGAAGCUAUUGAAAAUGUUUAAGAGUUUUAAUUUUUUUGAAAACGCAUGUAAUAUUUGGAACUAAAUAAUAAAGUUUUCUUUUUUUGGUA